AUGGACGAGCAAGUCAUUUUCACAACAAAUACCUCAGGAACGAUUUCUUCUGUGCACUCGUUUGAGCAAGUAAAUUUGAGGCAAUGUUCAACUCAAUCAAGAAAUAGUUGUGUUCAAGUAGGUAGUAAGUAUUUAUUUGUUGCUCAGGCACAAAAAGCUUUAAUCAAUGUCUACAAUUUGUCAGGUUCUUUUAAGAGAGAGUCUGUUGAACAGCGCUUGCCAUUACCUGAAAUCCUAAAAUGUUUAGAAGUGGUUCAAAAUACCGGUAUGCAGUAUGAUAGAAUUCAAGGUGUAGCUCAUAAUUUACCAGAAUUUAAUCUUCCGUAUUUGUUGCUUGGUUCCACCGAAUCUGGUAAACUGUACAUAUGGGAACUGAAUUCAGGGUCACUGUUGAACGUGAAGCCUAUGGCUCAUUAUCAAAGUAUCACCAAGAUCAAAUCUAUUUUGAAUGGGAAAUAUAUAAUUACUUCAGGUAAUGAUUCGAGAGUUAUUUUAUGGCAGACAGUCGAUUUAGUAUCAGCCUCCAAUGAUGAUCCUAAGCCCAUAUGUAUCCUUCACGAUCAUACAUUGCCUGUGACAGAUUUUCAAGUUUCCUCUAGUCAAGGAAAAUUCUUAUCGUGCACUGAUACGAAAUUAUUCACGGCAUCGCAAGAUGCUACCAUUAGGUGCUAUGAUUUGAGUCUAAUAGGCUCCAAGGAGAAACAGGAAACAAACGGAAUAAAUGGUAGUAUUGGUAAAACACCUGCAUUACUUGCUACAUUUACGACACCUUAUGCUAUUAAAUCUUUAGUUCUCGAUCCUGCUGACAGAGCAUGCUAUAUCGGUACUGAAGAUGGCUGUUUUACACUAAAUUUGUUCUAUAAGUUAAAGGGAAACACCGUUGUUAAUCUCUUACAGUCUGCAGGAACCAAUACAAUAAAAAAAAGCAGAGUUUUUUCUCUGGUACAACGGAGUUUAGUCAGGGGUGGUGAAAAUCAGGAUCUAGAUGCACUAUAUACGAUGGGUCAACUUGUCUGUGAUAAUCUUCUGAAUUCGAACGUGUCCUGUCUAGAAAUAUCAAUGGAUGGUACACUAUUAUUAGUUGGUGACACAGAGGGAAAGGUUUCUAUUGCGGAAAUCUACUCAAAACAGGUUAUUAGAACUAUUCAAACUUUAACUACGUCGCAAGCUUCUGUUGGAGCAGUGACGAACCUCUUAGUCAAUCCUUAUAGGCUUGGAAAUGACAGCCAACUAUUUGGAGAAGAAACAAAGGAGAAACGUUCUGGUAAUGGUAACGGUCACAACUCUAUGAAGAUACCAAAUUUACAAAGAGUUAUUUUCGAUAGUAAAAACAAAGCUCAUUUACAUGAUAUCUGGUAUCAGAUAGGAGAACCAGAAACGGAGACAGAUCCAGACCUUGCGUUACCACUUAAUAACUUCGAAGCUUAUUUGGAACAGAUUAAAUCACAAGAAUCCAUGUUCACACACAUUGGUAAAAUUUCAAGUGAUGUAAGAGUGGUUGAUAAUGAAGUCAACACCGCCUCAUCUUUGGACAACAAUACCGCAAAAGAUGAAGAAAUUACCGAACUUAAAGCCAAUAUAGAAGCAUUAACACACGCUUACAAAGAGUUACGUGGUAUGCACGAAAAGCUGUACGAGGAACAUCAGCAGGUACUCCACAAGCCAUAA